UCCCCUCCAUAUCAAUGUGAUUCAGGUGUUCCAAUCCCCUCCAUAUCAUGUGAUUCAGGUGUUCCAAUCCCCUCCAUAUCAUGUGAUUCAGAUGUUCCAAUCCCCUCCAUGUGAAUCAUGUGAUUCAGGUGUUCCAAUCCCCCCUCCAUAUCAUGUGAUAUCAGGUGUUCCAAUCCCCUCCAUAUCAUGUUCACAAUCCCCCUCAUAUCAUGUCAAGGGAUCCAUUCAGAUGUUCCAAUCCCCUCCAUCCAAAUCAUGUGAUUCAGGUGUUCCAAUCCCCUCCAUAUCAUGUGAUUCAGGUUUUCCAAUCCCCCUCCAUGAUCACAGGUGUAUACAAUCAAUCCCCCUAGGCAUGCAGACGGCAAUCCCCUACAAACAUUGGUGUGUUCCAUAUCCCAUCCAAUCAGUGGUCCGGUGAUAGGUUGGCCACCUGGGCAAUAAGUCCAUCCGUGACAUUUCCUGGCUACUAAAUAUUCCAGUCCGCU